AUGUCCAAAAAGUUGACCGUCUUCCACCCAUCCCCAGAUCCAGCCGGUGCUCCCGCUUCCUCUAGCACCACACCCACCGCAAUUGCAGAUAUCCCUCGACCAAAAGCAACACUCCAUACCCUCCGUCAACUCUACAAAAAGCAAAUCCCGAUUGCAACGAUUACGGCACAUGAUUUUCCAUCAGCACUCGCUGCGGAUCAAGCUGGAACGGACUUGAUCCUCAUUGGUGACUCCCUAGCGAUGGUCGCAUUGGGGUAUACCUCGACAAAUCAGGUGACAAUGGAGGAUAUGAUUCAUCAUUCAAAGGCUGUGGUGAGGGGAACAAAGUCGGCGUAUGUCGUUGCGGAUUUACCGUUUGGGACAUAUGAAGCUUCACCAGAAGAUGCUGUUCGGAAUGCUGCGAAGUUGAUUAGGGAGGGGGGUGUGGAGGCUGUCAAGUUGGAGGGAGGAAAGGAGAUGGCGGUGACGAUUGAGAGGUUGACGAGGGUGGGGAUUCCAGUGAUGGGACAUAUUGGAUUGCUGCCACAGAGACAAGCGGCUUUGGGUGGAUUCAGAGUACAAGGAAAGACGGCAGCGAGUGCGGCGCAACUAUUGGAGGAUGCAGUGGCACUUGAGAAAGCUGGCUGCUUCGCCAUUGUCCUGGAAGCUAUGCCAGCUGAGAUAGCCGAGAUCAUCACAAAACGCAUCACUGUCCCCACAAUCGGUAUUGGUGCCGGAUCAGCAUGUUCAGGGCAGGUUCUUGUACAACUGGACAUGCUCGGCGCAUUCGAGCGUUUCGUACCAAAGUUUGUGAAGCAGUAUGAGUCAAUAGGAGUGAAGACGAGACAAGCAAUCGGCAAGUAUGUCGAGGAAGUGAAGGCUAGGAGCUUUCCGGCUGUGCAGCAUACAUACCCAAUAAAGCCGGAGGAGUUGGAGAAGUUCAAGGUAAAGGUUGGAAGCGAUUGAAUGGAGCGGUUUGCUUGCGAAGUAUAACUCAAUGGCAAGGUCAAUCAGGCGAUACAGUACGAUAUAUGUGAAUGUUGGCAGUGCAGUGAGAACCUAU